UGUGACGUCCUUAACCAAAAUGUUCCACAAAUACAUUUUCAACGUGUCCCGUGUGACAUUAUUUGUAGGCCUUUGGGCAAUCCUUGUCAACAGAUUUCUGAUAAAGAUGGAGACACCAAGCUGUGUGCUAAUGCUGUGAGUUUAAAGAAGUGUCAACGGUUCUGUAUUUAUGGAGCAAUCUCUAGACUUCCUGAUGCAGUUGAUGCCAAGGUUUUUAUCUCUCUCCCUCCCUCUGUGCCGGACUUUGGAGGUAAUAAUACUGAAGCUGUCUUGGGGAGAACACUGACUAAUUCUAGGGAUGUAGAAGUCAUGCUCAGCAGACAAAUCUUACCAAGUAGGAAAAUCCAUCAGCAGAGGGGGAAGAAAACUCCCAUCUUGGCAGUAAUCAGAAUUCUCAGCACUAACAACAUUUGCUCAACUUCUUCAACAGUCCCCAUGGGCAGAAGUGAUUAAGGCCUUUGUCAAUAGGACAAUGAGGCUAGAAACUGGCUGAUCAAAUACUAAAUAUACUUCUGGGAGGGGGUGGCAUCCAAAAAAAGGAAAUAUAGGAUAGAAUUUCUUUUUAGCACCUACUCACACUACAUAGUGAUAUAAACUGCAUCAGUAAAACUCCAUGAAAUAGUUUAAUUUUCAUAUUGAUGUCUUUCUGAUGCAGCGAGAGCAGAGUUGCCAACCUCCUCUGGCACGCAGUCACAAUUGGAAUUUGAGAAAGUGUCGCGGUUGGCAGUCAGAAAAUGGUUGCCAUGGAGGAGUGGCAUUAAUACAAAAUGGCUGACAUAUCUGAAAUAGCAGAAAAAUAGAGACAAGACCACAAAAUGGUGCCUCUUUUCAUAUUCAGCAGUAUAUUAUUAUUAUUAUUAUUAUUAUUAUUAUUAUUUAUACCCCGCCCUCCCCAGCCAAGGCCGGGCUCAGGGCGGCUAACAAGCAAUAAUAAAAACAAGUUGAAUGAAUACAACUUAAAAACAAGAUUAAAAUACAACAUUAAAAUAUUGAAACAUUAAGAUAUUAAAAUGCAGCCUCAUCACAGGAGGAAAAAGAAAAAAGAAAGAGGGGGAGGGAAUCAAAUUGGCUCCAAGCCAAAGGCCAGGCGGAACAACUCUGUCUUACAGGCCCUGCGGAAAGAAAUCAGAUCCUGCAGGGCCCUGGUCUCAUGAGGCAGAGCGUUCCACCAGACCGGAGCCAUCACUGAAAAGGCCCCGGCUCUGGCUGAAGCUAAUCUAACUUCCUUAGGGCCCGGGACCACUAGGGUGUUGCUAUUUAUGGACCUUGAGGCUCUCCGUGGGGCAUACCGGGAGAGGUGGUCCCGUAGGUACGAGGGUCCUAGGCAUAAUAAUAAUAAUAUCAUCAAAUAAUAGUCUCUCAUGUAUUCUGGAUUUUUGAGGGGAUGCUUACCGAGACUUUUACAAGUGACAUACAAGGCACUGGUGGGCUCCCUAGUGCUCCUUAUCACCAUAUUGGCCAUCCCUGAGCUAGAGUGAGACCCAAAGGGCAGAUUGGAUGUGGGCAGACAGAAAGAGGGAAGGCUGGAAAGGGUAGAAAGGAGAAAUGUAGUUUCAAUAUAAUGAGGAAGAGAUGGAGGUGGGUGCAACAGGACUAGGCCAUGGGCAGCAAUCUGAGGUGGGCUAGGAGCUGGAAAUGAGGAGGCCAAAAGACAAAGCCAAUCAUCUGAACAGCAAGUAAGAACCAAAGCAUAAGCCAGGAGAUAAGACUGAAGAGGAAGUAAGAAGUCAGGACAGGAGAGUCAUUGGAGGAACUGGGAGACCAGGGUUCAAAUCCCCACUCAGCCAUGAAGCUCACUGGGUGACGUUUAGGCACUCGCUGUCUCUCAGCCUAACCUACCUCACAGGUUUGUUGUGAGAAUGCAAUCUGGGAGAGCUAUGUAUGUCACCUUGACCUCCCUGGGGGAUAGGUGGGAUCUGAAUGCAAUAAUAAAUAAACCAAGAAUACAGGAACCCACAGGAGCUCAGUAAGACUUUGUUGCCCAGGUAUGGCUUAACAUGCGCAGGAAGCUCUCUUAUAGGGCUCCCUGUCCGGGAGGAUUCAAUGGGCAGAUUCCAUGCAGGGCACAAGGCUACUUCACCCAAAAGCUGUCACCUGCUUUUAGUGGCUCAAUACACUGGGCAGCUGUGCACAGAUAUCAGCAGCUCCUGACAUUGUGCAUGGAACCAGUUGCCUACUUUCUCAAUGUCCAAGGUCUUUUUUGAGAAAGCAGCUUUGUGGGGAGAGAGCAGCGGCAGAGCACGUGAAGAAGGUCUCAGCUUCAAUUCUUCAGCAAUUCCUGGUAGGUUAGAGAAAUUUCAGAGCCCUUUAGUACAUAGCUUUAUUCCGAACAAGAUUAAUUUUUGAUCUGAUCCAGUAGAAGUCUUGCUAUUUAUUAUAUUUUAAAGUAUUUAUAUACUGCUUGCUAUUUCAAACAUCUCUCUAACUCUCUCUCUAUAUAUGUCAAAAACACAGUAUAAAAUUAGUAAAACAGCGAUAAAAAGCAAAUAAAUUGGAUUAAACAGAAAUUCAAAAGAUACAAACACAAAACCUGUCUCCACAUGACAUCUGGUACAACCGAUGGUUCUACUUCAUGGUUGACAAAGAGAAGGGCAUUCCACAUUUUUUUAAAAAAUGCCAGUUUUCAGGUCCCCACCCUGUCAAAUGUUUUGCCAAAAAAGCAUAUGGCUAGUCUCCUAGCCAGUCCAAAAGAAUUCUUGCUCUGCCCUUGAUCAUAAUGAAACAGCUUGCCAAAAAACCCCUCUUUUCUAGUCCCCCAAACUAUGCAGUUUGGGAGGAAAUAUCAUGCUUGAAAAUGCAAAUUUGCUUGUUGGGUUUCUGGCAAGGGUCAGAAUGUAAGAAUACAAGCAAUUCACAUGGAGGGGGGGCGGGGGAGUCUGAUAUCAUGGGACCAGAGACAGAAACGCAUGUGACAACAAAGUCAGCUCUUCAGAGAUAUUAUCAAGCCUCUUGUCUGCUGGUGCAAGAAAGCCUGAUAAGGAUCUGACCUCCCGGGUGUUGCUCUUCAAAGCCAGCCCACAAAAUUCAAAUGGGGCAUCCAUCAUUGGUUUUCAUAAGCAACCGUAUCUCCCUGGGCAACCCUCCCCACCCUCGCACCCCUCAAAUUUCAUUCCUGGUAGAUUUCCACUGGAGCCACUAUGAGUCUGCAUUCCAAGUGAGAUUCCUUUGAUCACAGUGAUUCUGCAAAUCUGGCUUGGGCUGACAGGCUUGCAGGGAGGAAGAACAUUGUUUCUUGCCUUCCAGGAUAUGGGUUCAGUUCUUCUGGAACCACAAGGAGGUCACUUAGGUUGACUCUAAAGUUUUGAUCAAGCACAAUGGGAAACAAGGUUUGCUAGCACAAGCAAAGUCUUUAAAGGCUUCCUGAUCCUUAUAACCCCUUCAUCCUCUGAGAAGCAGGUACUGGAGACAGCUAUUUUCCUCAGAUGACUUUAAACCUUUCCUUUGUCAUCAAGGAAUUCUCUGCCUUAAUGGUGGAUAUGGUUUUCUCUUGAGGUCCAAUGUAAUGCUAGGUAUGUUCUCCAGAAAAAGAAAUUGUUGUUCUUAUACCCUGAAAAGAGGAUUGGCAUAAUUUGCCCUUUUCAGGCUGUAGGACAAAAGUAACUACGGUGUCUGUCCACACUGACUAGUUUAGGUUCUUUAAUCAAGAACCCAAACAUAGGCAUGCAUACCAUUAAAAAAAAAAAUCUCUUUAAAAUAUUCACUGCUUUUUAAUACCCAUGUCACAGGCAAAUAUCAUGGGACCAGGAACAAAAAUACAUGUAACAAUGAAGAUGGCUCUAAGUUAACUAUUUAGGUGAUGCGUGAAUAAGUAUUUUCUUGUGUCUGUCUUGAUUCUUCCAGCAUUCAGUUACAUUCAUUCAAUGAACCCAGGUUGUAGUAUUCUGAGGAAGGGAGAAAAACAUAUCCCUAUACACUUUUUCCACAAUCCCAGACACCUCUAUCUGUCCUUCCUUGCCUUUUUUUUUUUCUAAAACAUAAAGUGAAGGCUCAAAUAUAAUGUAAAAAUUAACAGUUAGGGAAAUUUUUGGGAAGGAGAAUAAACUGCUGUGUGAAUGCAGCCUUGCCCUAUAUUCCUCUAAAUAUCUGGAAGUAUAUUGUGAAAUUAACAGUUGGGGAAAUGGAAUAAACUGGCCUAUGAAUGCAGCCACAGAGAGUAAACUUGCACUUGGGAGUGCAAAUUCUGCAGGUGAUGUUGACAGCAGCAGCAUCCAUGGGCUGGAAGCAAGUUAAUUCAGAGUCGGACCUCUCAAGGUCAGCCCAGGAAGAUUCACUUGCUCUUCCUCGUUCUGGAUCAAAUGAACUCCCAGCUCUCCUUCCCCAGUCAGUGCUGUUUUAUGUUUACACCUCCAGUGACAAGCAAAAAAACCUUGACAGACCAAUUACAAUCCACUUGGGUGUUCCUCUCCCCAACACAAAAGGAUCUCUAAAUGUUCUCUCAGUGAGCCCUUAAAACUCACCACUCACUGAGGAGCAGCACUGACAGGUACGGCACGAGGCCCUUAUUAAGAGUGCAAGGAAGAUCAUUCAGGUUUGAACACACAGGCUGCCAUCGGAGUCCAGCCUGAGAAAAUUUGGUUGUUGUAAUUCCAUUCUGAGAUUCCCAAUUAGCAAGCAACAGCCUGUCAGCAAGCUGUUAACACACAGAGUUUCGGAGGAAGAGCAGCACAGAGCAAAGCAGAAAGGGAGGCGGGUGGAGAAAGAGAGAGAGAGGGACUGAUACUAAGGGUAAGCAGCAUGACAAGUACUUUGGUUGUUGCACUGACAGGACUGAACAUAUUACAUGCCGUUCAACAGUGCCUGGGUUGAACAGGAGCCAUGCCUGCUUUUUUCAGGUUGCUGGUGGUUGCUCUGAGGAAAUUAUUCCCAAUUAAAUGUUCCUCUGGAUUUGGAGGCUCACAGUGGCCUGUUCUUCUUGUUAUUAUUUUUCCAGAGCAACACUGAUAAGUUAGAAAUUUACAAUUCACCUCCCAUUGCUUUCUAGAUUAUGCACAGUCAAGACUCCUUCAUUCCUUCUCUGUGUGUACAUGGAGGAGGGAGGAGGACCAGGUCUCUGUAAUAUUCAGUGCAUCACACAAGCAGAGUGAGGCUCCGGUUUGAAAGAUCUCAGCCGCUGGAGCAAAAACCUAAAUGGGGAAACUGAGACAGCUGCCUACUGUAGACCACAAGCCGUACACUGCAAUGUCCUGCAUAUUCAAGUGCAAACCUACUUCUCAAUCAAGAUUCCGAAAUUCUAUCUUUGAAAUGGGGGGAUGGUACUUCCUCCUGUUAAAAUACAGGCAACUCCCCAUUUGUGCACAUUCAAGUCAUCCUGCCAACACACAUGGUGCCUUAGAACAAAACCCCAUGAAAAUGGGGAGUUGCCUGUAAUGGCAGGUGGGGAAUCCCUUGCUGAUCUAAUUCCAUUCAUCCUGUAUGGAGCACGUGGUCAUGGCUUGGACCAAACAGCCUUGUGGAUGUGUCUUGGGCCAAGUAGCCUUGCAGGUCAAAUGGGGAAGCGUGGUGGGCUGGCCACUCCCCACUAAAGCAAUAGAUUCUGAUCUCCUGCCCAGCCCUGGCAUAACAGUUCAAUGAUGCACUGAGCAAGGUUAAUCAACACCCAUAGGUCCCCAGAUCCUCAACAUUUGAAUCUAGCUUCCCAAAUUUGACUUGGUAAAUACAUAGGCAAUUAUAUUGCAUCAACAUAUUUUCUUUUUCUUCAGGAGACAUCCAGACAGGAGGGACAAAUGGGAGGGGAACUAUGUGUCAUAAAAGGAUUGUUGACUCUUCCAUGUUCUGGCCUCCCUAACCUAACAGGUAAGCUUAUAACAAACCCACCCUCUCCCACAUUUUUGUGUUGUGGUUAUGCAACGAUGGGGAGGGUUUGGUGUGUAAGUACAUGAAUAAAGACGUGCUUACCUGUUGCACCUCGGCUUUCCCCAAGGUGAUGCAGUUUAUUCUAAUUAAUGGUUGAACGUUGUUGCAGAAAUGUAAUAAAGGAGCAUAUAUAACUCUUCAAAGGGAAGGUCUAAAGCAAAACUAAGUCCCCUUCAUUCCAAGGGAACCAUGUGAUUACUGAGUGGUCUCAGGCAUACUACUAAUGCAAUGUGGGAGCUGACCACAGGGAGGUAGUGGUUUGGUGAGAAAACUAACAUAUCCUAGUGUUCGCUAGUUAUCGUAAUCCAAAAGGCAUAAAUCCCAUCCCUAGCAAAUAAUGGCAAAAGAAUUCUGCUUUGCAGAUCCCGUUUUUAACUGUGGCAUGUGUUGCUCAUUUAGGGCCUCUGCAAUUAAUUAAUUAAUGCUGCAACCUCCCGAGAGCUGCGAGGGGGAUUUGCCAUCUGUUGUGUCUCUUUUCCCACCAACUCAUAGAGCCACAUUUCCAGGUUGGCAGAAUCAUUGCAAUUAACGCUGUAUCUGGACGUUAAGAGAGGCUGCCUUCUGGCAUUUGCUAUUACCAAGAGUCAGACCUCGUGUUGCAGCAAAGCCUAUCCAACAGGUUGAAAUUUUUUUUUAAAGGUUUUCUCGGUCCCAUCACAAAAAAAUUGAAGCAGCGCAAGAAUACAGCCCCCAAUUGUCAGGGUAUCAUUGUCCCAUCCUGAGUAGCAGCCAAGAUCCAAGUAACAGAGGAAAAGGUGCCAGUCAAGGAUCUCUCAGCUGUAUGGAGGAUCUAUCAAUUAUGGCUAUGCAAUUAUGGCUAAGCUUCCCCACAGCCCAGGGACCACCUACCCCCCACCCCCGGUUCUGCCCCCAAAUCAAUUCAGGGGUGGGGCUAAUGUUUCACUAUAAUUUUUUUAACCCUGAGUAAAAAUACAGUUGGAAGGGGGCUAGAGACACUGUGUCACCAAAAGCAGGAGGGUUCAAGCCUGCAGGGUGUCCCUUCACAAGCGCCUUCCCCACAAAGAAUGCAUUUGCAAAGCACAGGGGCCUGCAAAAUCAAAUUCUCUGCUCACCAGGAUUCAAUCCUGCCGGGGUUUGCUUCUGUAGUUUAUUCCCUGUGGGGGAAUGUGGUGGGGCUGCCUGCCUCACCUUCUUUCUGCCUCUGACAGUCCCAGAUUGCUUUAGGAGGCCCAACCCACAGCAAAACAGGGCUGGCUCUACCUGACUCUGCCCAAGCCUGGAUCCCCCCAAAUCGGCCUGGUUCAGUUCAGGAUUCAGCUAAAUCUUACCUCAACACCAGCAAAGGGGCAGCAGACUUCGCUUCAUCUCAGGGCAGCAGGCUAGCUUCUCUAGGUGUCUCAAGGGAGAUGGAGGGGAGAAUUGCUGACCUACCCCUACCCCUUCUGCCUCUCAUGGCAGAACCAGCCCUGUAGCCCAGGGGUCAGCAAACUUUUUCAGCCAGGGGCCAGUCCACUGUCCCUCAGACCUUGUGUGGGGCCAGACUAUAUUUUGGAGAGAGAAAAUGAACGAAUUCCUAUGCCCCACAAAUAACCCAGAGAUGCGUUUUAAAUAAAAGCACACAUUCUACUCAUGUAAAAACAUACCGAUUCCUGGACCAUCUGCGGGCCAGAUUUAGAAGGUGAUUGGGCCAGAUCCGGUCCCUGGGCCUUAGUUUGCCUACCCAUGCUGUAGCCCAAGGAGGUGAGCAGGCUGGAGAAGAAAAAUGGGGACUGCAGAAAGGGGAAGUGGCGAAAGAGGUGGCAAGUGGGAAAUGAGAGGAGAGUUCCUAGCUCAUAAAAUGCAUUUAGCACUUUAAAAAGCAGGCGCAAUCUCCCAUUUGCUUUUGGACUCUGGAACUCAGCCGACUAUUGGAAAAAGCACUGGGAAUCGAUCAAAAGUGACAAAGCCACCAACUGCAAAACAGCCAGCGGGGCUGAGGGAGGCCGGCUGAUCGGCUGCACGUCAGUCACAUAGCUUCAGAGAGUCUUGUACACAUCAUGCUCAAAGAAUGUGCAAUCUUUUGAUUUCCACAUGACAUUUCCCCUCUAGCAGUGAAAAUAAGAGCAUUGCAUUCAUGCUCAUGGAGAAACUGGGAGGUUGGCUGGGGCAGCAAUUCCACACACCCUUCAUCUUUUAUAUCUCCCAAGGCUAGGAGUGCAACCAAAUGCCUACAUUCUCUUUGGCCAGCACAGUGCCUGACAUAUGUGACAUUUCCUUUUAAAAGCAUGAAAACAUGCAGAGGAUGGGAACAAAGAUCCCACUCAUCAGCAGCCCUAAUGAGUGAGAACUCAUCCUUCUCCGAGGAAUUCUUGGAAAUAUGAAUUUGCUAAGAUCUUUUUUUAAAAAAAAAUCGCAAAAUAAAAUCACUCAAAUGGGUAAAGAUAGGCGCAUCUAGCUGAGGAGCCCUUCUGUGAAAAUAUGCAGUUGUUUCCAAGAGAUGUGCACAACAUCAGCUAGUCUAAGAUGCCCAAAGCCAAUCACCAUUUCACAUCGCCAUUUGGGUUGCAUUUGUUUUGAUCCAAUCAGGCAUGGAGUGUCACUGCUCAGCCUGCCAUGUCCAAAUCUGAGAGAGGUAGCCUUUGAGACGCAAACAGAUCCUUUCCAUUCUUAUCCAAAACACACAGGAGAGUGGGCAGACACCAGGAUUUUCCACAUGUCACUCUCAGUAACCAGUAUAUAUCUAAAUCAGAAAGCAAUGCUCUGUGUCUUCUUCCCCAAGCCGGUUCGCAAAUAGGGAAGUUCAGUUUCUCUCCGUUUCCCAUUUUUCCUGUCUUAAGUUCCAUUCUACACCUUUUCACAUCACUUAGUGGGUUGUUUUUUAAAGUCCCCAUGAAAAUUAUUUAGCACACAUGUUUUUUUUGCAGAGCAAUAUUCCCUGAUGUGAGGCAGAUUCACAAAUAUAUGCAUUUUAUGUCCAUUCCACCAUUAAAAACAAAAACACAGAUGGAUUUGUCUGGAGAACUGCAUGGCAAAAUCCGGAGAUGCGCAAAUUUCAAAGGAUGGCUGAGUUUCAGUUCAUGUACUGUUUCAGAAAGUGAAAACUGGGCAGGUUCACCUUUGAAUGCAAAUUUAACUGAUUCCCAUCAUCCCUACCCACAAGUAAUGAGUUUCCAGCACUCUUUGUGCCACAGCAACUGGAGAGCACCAGGUUGGCAAAGGAUGCCCAUAAAAUCUGCCGAAAAUACAGAAAUAGGGACUAUCCCUAGAAAACAGGGCAAUUGGUGUAUACAGGUCAUCAUGGGAUCUGGUCAUCUUUGGUUCCCUCCUUGUCAAUAACAUGAGCUCCUGCAUUGGUGGGGGGUCCUUGUUUAGCUGUGGAUCAGACAGAUAUACAGUGGUACCUCGGGAUACAUACACUUCAGGUUACAUACGCUUCAGGUUACAUACGCUUCAGGUUACAGACUCCGCUAAUCCAGAAAUACUACCUCGGGUUAAGAACUUUGCUUCAGGAUAAGAACAGAAAUCCUGCUCCUGCGGCGCAUUAGCUAAAGUGGUGCUUCAGGUUAAGAACAGUUUCAGGUUAAGUACAGACCUCCAGAACGAAUUAAGUACUUAACCCGAGGUACCAAUGUAUGUUGGAACAGAAACAUAUACAAUGGGUUUCUAAAAUGUUCUACACAUAAAGGCAUUUGAUUUAUAGAGCGUGCUUAACCAUUACUGAAUGCGACAGUAAAUUACAUUUGAGCCAGUCUUGGAACAAGGCUUGAAAUAUCAGUCUGCAGUUAGUGAAAGGUUGCCUUGCCCUGCUCUGACGCUACCUUUUCCCCAAGUUUAUUAAAUAUUUGUUUAAUAUCAUAUUAUUACACUUUGUAACCAAGACCAUUAUACAUCAAACAAACCAGCUUGUCAAGAAAAAAGAAAACAAGUGAAGUAGAAAGGGGAAAGAAAAAAGAAAAAUGACACAGGAAGGAGGAAAGGGGCAACAUAAGGGGGGAUCCUCUAAAGUACACUGAAUAGACUAAAGGGAAAAAUAUUCAAUAUUCAAAACAAUAUUCAAAAAAUAUAUAUUUUCAACAUUAUCUCCAAUUUUAAGAAACUGUUUCAUAGACAAGCAAUUAUACUGUAGUAGCUGGUUUGGGCAGGAUCAAAUCAUGUCAUAUGAGCAGGCAACAAUAAUACUCAAUCAUAGAUGCUCACCAUUAUUUCAUAUUUUUUUUUCAACUGAGACAUAUAGUAGAACAACUCAAAGCUAACUGUGGGUUACCAUGUGAAAGAACCUCAUAUGAAUGUCUUCUUGAGCAAAAUGAUUAAAUUAAUAACAAAGAUCUAUUUAAUACUCUCAAUAUGUGCAAAAGAAUUUCUCCAUCCUUCAUAUAAAAGGAAAUGGGACUAAACAAAUAGUAGGUUAAUAAUCUUUGAAUCAGAAUGGAUGUGGGCAUUCAGAAAUAUUCCCGGAACAUUUACUAGUGUGAACCUGAAAGAGAAUUAUCUUAAGACAAUUUUCCAAUCCUACCUAACUCCACCCAGAAUGGUUUUUAUUUUUAUUUUGCCAAAACAUGACCUGCACUGCUGGAGGUGUAACGGGAUUAACGUGGAUUUAAUACAUAUUUUUGGAGCCAUGUUGGUUGCUUUUAUUUGUGCUCAUUUCUGGAGCCUCUAAGAACUAGAGUUAGCACUACUCGGAAAUAAGGGUCAAUAUUAAAGAACCAGUGUGAUGGAGUGGUUAGUGUUGGACUAUAAUCUAGGAAAAUAAGUCCCCACUCAGGCAUUAAGUUCACAGGGGGACCUUGGGCCUAACCUAACUCACAGGUAGGCUAUUCCCACAUUGCAGCUGGCUGGACCAGGUGACUCUUGGAGUCAUUUUCAUCUCUGCAAUUUAUGAUUCAAAGUAUAAAAUCGGGAUGGGGGGGGGGACCAUGUACACCACCCGGAGUUCCCUGGAUAUAAAUGUAAUAAUGAGUUUAGUUUUAGUUAGGAGUUUAGUUUUUGGUAAUUACUAGAUAGAUCAGGGAUGGGGACCUGAAAGAGCAGGUUCUUAUUUCCCCUAAUUCCCACCCCUGGGCCCAAAUUUGACAAGUAGCAAUCCACCUGAUGUCACAAUGAUGUCAGGUGACACAACAUUCUAAAGCAGAAAGACCAGCUCUUUGGGGCUACUUCAAAGCACCUAUCUUUUUACCUACGCACACCUGGUGCCAUUAUUGUCAGUUUGCAUUUCUUAGUACAGGAAAGUAUUGAUCUGAUGUGUAGAGAUCUUUCCUGUUCUGUUUAGUUCAAGAGGGUUCUGGAAGGUUUCUUCUCUGUGUGGAAGAAUGUUCUUGUUUGGAUUAUUCCUUCUGAGAAGCUGAGUAAAGCUGGUUUAAAUUGGUUCUGUUAUCCUUCUGUCAAGGUCAUGCUGACUAUAAUAGGCCAGAAGGAGCCUGGGAUUCACUUACGUUCUUUUUCUAUAUCUUUGUUUGGGUGUGGUGUUCUGUUCUGUAUAUAGUGUUAAGUUUAGUCUUAUUAUAAGUUAUUGUUAAGUUUAAGUUAAGUCUGCUGCAACUGGAUUUCUGAUGAACUGUGCCAAUCCCGAAUGUAUUGGAUUUGUGACCAUUAUGUUCAUUUUCCUUCAGUAGCAGUAAAUGGAUGGAGGGUGGGGGGGAGUAAUAAUGAAAAUGAAAGUUAGUGAUCAUGGCUGCUUAUUGGCACUAGUAGAUGGCAACUCCAUAUCAGAGUUUCUUCAAAAGUUCUUGGGAGAUGCCAUCUGUUUUUGGUGACAUGUUGCUGCUUAAACUAUCAAUUUACCCUGGAACCUCUCCUAUGGUUUUGUAAAUAUGGAGAUCUAUCACAAAUUGAUUAUAUACAGGCGCAGGAAGCUUGUUGCUAACACCCUCUUCAGUGAAAACAGAUACAACAAAUCCGUUGUUUGACUCAAUCACUUGUGACAUUUUAAUGAACGUCUUUCUCUGCGGUAGCUUUUAUGUCUCUCUGUGUGUUUUCCAAAAUUCUUGCAGUUCCUCCACAAAUUCCAUUUUCUUCUUACAUUUAACCUGCCACAAUUUAUGCUGUUUUUUGGUUUUUCCACAUUUGGAUUUGCAAUCCACUUUGUAAAUUAUUUCCUUUCCCCCCUUCUUUUAAUAGCUUCCGUAAUGCUGCAAUUUAGCUGGGUGGGUUUGCUUUUUAGAUCUCUUUCUGCCUUUCUCAAAAAUUUGUAGCGUCCAUAUAUUUUUCUUUACUUUGUGGCAUACAUAUAUUUUUUUGUCAAAUAGUGCUGUUAGAGCAUUAUCUAAGUCUCUGCCUGGUGUGCUUGUUUUAAAGAGUAUCCAUUAAUUUCUUUAAAGCACUUUUUUAUUUUAUUACCUGACCAUUCAUUCAGGCAAUCAAUCAUUGUAACUAGUGCCUCUUAAUCUUGAUGUAGGCGUCCUUGCUGAACUUAGUUCAUUUCACUCCAGUGAACUGGAUGCUUUGGCAGCUAUAGAAAUAUGUGGGAACUGCAACAGAACGUUGUAGCUAGAGAUGGAGGGAAGGGAUUCCAUUUAUUUCACAUUAAAGGCGAACCUACCAAAAUUGCACUUUCUGAAACUGUGUGCAAACUAAAACACAGCCAUCCUUUGACAUUCACACUUCUCCGUAUUUCGCAGUGCAGUUGUCCAGCCAUGUAAUGAGCACUCACACUUUACAUUGUGGGUGGGUGCCCUUUGCGAGAUUGCGUGUGGUGCUACACUUCCCAGGGAGCUUACUGGCAAACAGGGGCUGGCUUGCCUCUCAGUGUGGAUUUUUGGAGGUUCAUGCCCAGCCUCAGUAAUCAAGUUUCUUGCUCGGGGGUGGGGCCAGCCCCAUUUAUAAAUAGGGGGUGGAGCCGACAAUAGCCUGGCAGUCGGCUCUGGGGAUUCACCCUCCCUACCCUCCCUUUCAGAGGACGAGAUGGUUGGACAGUGUUCUCGAAGCUACCAGCAUGAGUUUGACCAAACUGCGGGAGGCAGUGGAAGACAGGAGUGCCUGGCGUGCUCUGGUCCAUGGGGUCACGAAGAGUCGGACACGACUAAACGACUGAACAACAACACCCUCCCUUUGUUUAAUGUUUGUUGUUUGCAGGUUAACAUUUUCUUCCUGUUUAGCGGGCGCUGCUACGGUCUUUGACUGGCUGCUGUUGAAGGACCGGGAAGAAAUUUUCCUGCAUUGGCAGGUUUUGUCUUCCCCGUAACAAAUCAUCACAACUUUGACAGUUAUGGCCUUGGGUGGAAUCCUUUAGUCUUUUCUUCCCUGUUGGGGGAGGGGAGGCGUGAAGUGGUGACUCAUCCCCCCACGACGGCAAUUCCAGGGUCCCCCUCUUAAAGGGGUUUUAUAUAUAUGGGUGUCACUGGCCAUACACUGAAAGGUUGUCAGUUAACUACCCUGCGUGCAGGGAUAUGGGCUGGGCUGCCUGCUACACUUACGUCUCGCAGAACACCCCCACAUCCCAUUUACCCGGAUGAGCCCCAGUUCCCCCGGCUGGGGGGCUGGGAGGGAUACACGCCCAAGGCCUAAGCCAAGGUCUUCCUACAUUCGGAAGUUUAAUAAAGUUGUGGCCUAAUUUUAAUUCCAUAUAAUGUUGUCAAAGUCUUUAUUCAUUCCUUAUGAUCCCUGGGGGCUGGGGCUGUCGCCGCCGGAUCACACAAUGUAUACAUAAAUGUAUAUGCUAGGGUAAAGUGUGCAUAAAAUGCAUAUAUUCGUGAAAAUAACUGCAGUUUUCUCCGUGACUUGUUAGUAUUCUGAUCAAAAAAAAAUUUGUCCCCAUGGAUCAAAAGCAAAGCCAGCAAGUGAAGCUCUACACACUUUUUCAGUGAAUGAAGGAGGUUAUUGGAACACCCCUUCUGUGUGGCUUUCUACAUUUUAUUUCCCCCUAAUAGGCUGCCAUAUUUCAUAAGUAUGGGUAACGAUUAUGUAAGCAACACCUCUGGGCUGCUUGGAUAACCUGCAAGCCAUUCAUAAAGUUUGUUUCUCCAAGCAAGUGUUACAGAAAACAACACCCAGGCUCUUUUCUCAUUUUAAUAUAUAUCCUAGGCCAACUUCCUUCCUCUGUGUAAAAAUGCCUGCUUCCCGCUGGUGGUAAUAGAUGUCUCAUUUUGCCCCCUCUAACUUUCUAAUUUCAAACUGUGAAAGAUCUCGGCAUACUGAUCCUGGUGGUCUUAACAAGUCUGAUAAAAAAUAAUAAUACUGGACCUGAAAAUAUUCAAACAGCGAUUCCAUCUCUUCUCCAAAAUUGAAUUUAAGAUUUAACUCAUUCAUUUACUACCCAGUCCUAGGGAGGUUUAUUUUGAAGAGUUCUCAAUGGGUUGUGGAAAUAUGGAGGAGAAAUUUGUGUGGCUUAUAUCUGAAUGCAAACUGACGCAAUUUACACUUUCCAAACCAAUACACACACUCUGAAACAUGACUAUCCUUUAAAAUCUACCCCUCCAAUUUUUUUACAAUUCACUUACAGUGGCACCUUGGUUCUCGAACCUAAUCCAUUACAGGAGUCCGUUCAACUCCCGAAACAAUUCGAAAACCAAGGCACAGCUUCCGAUUGGCUGCAGGAGCUUCCUGAACUCAAGCAGAAGCUGCGUCAGACGUUCACUUUACUUCCGGGUAUGUGGCGUUCGGGAGCCGAUUUGUUUGACAACUAAGCUGUUCGAAAACCCAGGUACAGCUGUAUAAAAAGUAUACAUGGGUAAAUGCUCACAAAAAUGUGUAUAUUACUGCAAAUAAUGUAUAAAAGUGCAUUAAGUUGGGCAAAACUAUAUACAAAAUGUGGUUAUUUGCAAAGCUGUGCAUUAAAAGAGAAAUAUUUUUUGCCAACUUUUAAAUAGAUCUUCCAAACUGGUGUGGAAAUGUAGCAAACUGUACAUAAGGCUGGAAAAACUGGAAACUGGAAAUGGGAGAUUCAUCCAUCCCUAAUUAUGGAACUGUAACAGAGCAAAACCCAUACCUUUUUCUCCCUUUGGGGGGAAAAAUCCAUUUUUUUGCCAUGGAGUCAUUUCCUCAGUGAUAUCUUAAGUGAGCCAAUUAAUUCUACUUUUGUCCCCAUCCUCCUCUCUGCUGAGUUCUACAAUAACAACACUGAGACGAAGGGAAAGGAAGUUGGCAGGGAUUGCUGCAACACGCUGGACUUGGUUGUAAGAACGAAGUCUGGGUGAGGGCAGAUCUAGACAGGUGGGGUGAUGUUGCAGUUGCCCUAAGAGAUCAACCCUCCGCAACUUCCCUCUCAUUUUUUGGUUUCUGCUACUUUCCCUCCUGGGAAUCAACAUAAAAAUGGAUAAUUUCAAAGAUGCAUUCACCACUGUCACUUGGGAAAACUUGUGCAAAGGCCACAAGAUGGAACCCAGGCCCUUGACCUGUAGAAAUGCACUUCACUUUCACAUCUUUAUGAUUUAAUUCAAGUAGAUAUGAAUUAGGCAAGCAAUAUUUCUUCAUUUUUUGUAACCUGUCUUUUUCUUAAAUCAGAUCUUUGGAGUGAUAUAACUUUUGCUCUGAAGUUUUCUCACUCACCCUUCUAACCAGCUGAGGUCCAUGCUAUAGAUUUCUAAGGCAAGGUUCACAAUAAAGACAGGGUGAAGUCCAGCUGAUGGUGACUUGUGGACUUAAAGCAGGCAUAAGGAACUUCAGACCCGGGAGGCAACCCUCCAGGAAUCUCUCUGUGACCCUCGGGGCUCUUCCCAGCUCCUUCCCCCAAACCACACUCAUCACUGGCUCUGCUUUGCACCAUCCUUGAGUGUUUUUGCCUGGCUAGAAUGUGUCCUUUAAUGCUAAUCAUGCUUUGUGAGUGCCUGGGUGGAUAAUAGAGAGCAGGGUGCAAGAGUGAAGAAACUGGCCCACUGCACAAAAGAUAAAAUUUGUAUUCAUCCAUCUGCUGGUUCCACCCACGACUAGCAUGUGGUCCCUGGAAGAUGGUCCAAAAGGGAAUGUGGCCAUUGAACUGAAAACACGUUUCCAUCCCCGACUUAAGGAGAGAACGUUCCUGCUCACAAGGAAUCUCACAGGACAGCAACUUCAAAGUCAGGGAAACAGUGGUGGUGGUAGAAGCUUCCCCAAUAACAAUUUCAGUUUUCAUGUUUCUUAAUCUAAAGACCACCAAACGUCUUGGCUCAUAGGACAGUAAGAAUACAGCAACACAUAAGGUAUGGAGGGGGUUGGAGGGAAGUGUGUCUUGGGCAGUGAUCCUUGGUAUGAAAAAUAGGGGUGUCACAAGUUUGACCUCAUUUCCACCUGUGCAAGGUGUGAGGGUAUGGGCUCUACCCCUUCAUUCCUCUGCAUGUGUAGACCAGGCCUUAUUAAAUCUGAUCUUCUGGCUGCAAUUUCCUAGUUGUCUCAGCUGCUGUUACUUAUUCAACUGCUUCUUAUGCUUCACUGAAGAUUGCUAAGCAGUUAUUAAUGUCCUUAAGUCCCUUUCCUUUGUGGCUUUUAUGCUGCUGACAAACUCACUACCAAACCCCACCUAUUACGUUAGACACUGCAGAAGUUUGUUUGUUUGUUUGUUUUAAAUUGAUUGCUUUUUUUAAUGGAAAAUGAAGACCUUUAGGGAUAUUUUACUAUUUUAAAAUGUAAUGUGGCAGCCUUCAUCCUAUUGCAGGAUGUGCAGAACCAGCCUGUGUAUAUUGAUUCCAAGUCCCACUAAGUUAAAUGAGAUUUGGGGUACAAUCCUGGCCCCAGCCACUGCCUGGCAGGAUCUAAUGGAGUGGCUGCAUCUGCAGCUCUGCUCAGAUUUCCAGCCAGGGUGGAGGGGGGCAGUUGCACAGCCAUCAGGCCUGAUGAUGUCACAUAACACCCAAGGAACCAAUGGAUUGCAGGCCAUCUCAGCCCCUCCCUCUCCAGAACACUUCAUUUCACGGCUUUCUGCUGAUUGCUUCAAGUGGGUAGCUCAGUGGCACAGUUUCCACCUACCGAACUACCCUAUGGAAAUGGAAGGCGGGCAGGGGGCAGGGCAUUGUGCUGGCAUCACUCCAUAGGCAGAGACUGGUGAAGGUUGACAGUGGUUGGCAAAGAGACACCUCUGCCCCAUCCAACUCGUCCCCAACCUCGCCCAAAGGAAGUUUAGAAUUGCUUUGCAACUCUGAAGGAUUGCAGACUUAGUUCUAGAUAAUAUUGUGUGUGUGUUUUACUAGCUUAUAUUCUUUUUAUUUAUUUUUAUUUAAAAUAUCUGUAAGGAGACAUACAGUCCAAAAUGAAAUAAUGCCAGAUCAAAGCUGCAUAUGUUAACAGCAUGAUUGCACACAUACCUAGAUGUGAUUGCAAUCUGAACUCGUUAUGCUGGAUAAGGGGAAGGUGGGGUGUUGCUGUUGCUGCUACACCAAUGUAAAAUAGCUCCAUGUAACCUAUAGAAGUAUAACCUAGCAAGGGAGAAGAAAACAUAGUGGUGCAAAAAUGGCAGACAUGCCCCAUGGGAUUGGUGGAGAAUAUGUCAGUUUUGAUUUCUCUCGUCUUCUCACUUUUUCAGUCUUAAAUUUGCCUCUCCACACUUUCACAUCAGGCUGCAAAUUUUUUAAAAAAAACAACUUUGCAUGAAAAUUCAUAAGAAUUUCAGUUUUAAUCUCUCCCAAUAAAGACACGCUUGCAUGCACAUUUUUGCAAAACAAUUUGUCCAACUAUACGGCAUAUUUUUUUACUAAUAUAUUUAUAGUAUAUGCAUUUUAGUACGUAUUAGUUGGAAGGAGAACUCCGUUACAAAAUUCAGAAACAGGCAGAUUUGGAAGGAUAUUUUGUUUCAGACAGUGGAAAUUUGGCAAAUUUGCCUUUAAAUGUGGACUUUUCUUUUAAAAAAACAUCUCGCCCUUCACUGUUAUCUCGGCCUAAUCUGUUAUUUUUGGGUUUCCUCGUUUUCUUAUUUUUCUAAUCUUAAAUUCAGUUAUUCACAUCAAAUUAUGAUUUUUAAAGGAAGAAGAGUCACACAAAUUUGUCUGCAUUUUAGGAAACAUUUCUCUUAAUAUACACAUUGUUAUAAGCAAAUUUCCUUAAUAUAAUGCAUUUUUGUAUGUUAUCAUCACUUAAAAUGUAUGUAUUUACAUGCACACGUUCCCCUAAUAUAAACAUUUUUGUACACGUUAUAAAAUGUCAGCUCGGGUUGUUUAGCUGGUGUUUGCAGCACAACAUUCUUGCCUUGACCCAGGGGAGGAAGAGGUGAGAAAGGCUUUGCCUAGUCAUCAUGAUUUCACAAAGCAAGAACAACAACAAGGGCUACAAUUCAGGAUGAUGGUGCACAUGGUGCAAUAAAAGAGACCUCACCUCUGGAAGAUCAGCAUCUUCUCUGGGUCACAGAAGCAUGGAAAAGACCUAUUCAUCGCUACAAAUCAAAACACUCCUCUCCCCCCCCCCCAAGAGCCUCGGUUGAAUCCUCUCUCUCCUCCCUUGCCAUCUUUCCCAUAAGAGGCUUUCAGGGGAAUUUCUGUCUAUGUUUGGGUUACUGAGAUUUGUUUAUUUUUUAAAAAAACCAAAUUGACAAGGAUGUUGACUGCAAAUCUAAAAACCCAGAAACACGAAAAAGAGAUGUUAACUACAGAACAAACAAAACUUUUCGAUUAACCAUUUCAAAUCUUUGGCUCAACUAAACUGGUUUCCCUCGAUUUAUUGAGCAACAUGCCUUUUAAAAUAACAAAAAUGCUUUAACUUACUUGAAAUAUAUGUUCUUGGAAAAAAGCUGUACAUUGCAGGGCCCAUCAAGGAAGAAGCUUCCCCAUUGCUCUCACUAAAGAAGGAAUGUCUCUCCUAAAUAUUGAUCCCUGCUGUGACACAGACAUACGUCGUCUAACAACAAAACUUGGCUGUAGUGUGGGGGAGUCUUCAAAGUUCUUGUUUUAUUCUGUUCAUGUAUCUUUAUAAUUUAUUGUCAUAAAGACUGAGCCAGGCUAGCUCUAGUCUCUCCCUGACCCACUACCAAACAGAGUCCUCAGACGACAAACUGCCCAACCCGCAGACUAAGGGCCUUGAGGAACCCCUUGAGAGGCCCUCGGGGGAAAGACCUGCUGAAUAAAUCCUAGCCCUACCAGAGACAAAGGCUGAUGCCUUCAAGGAUGCCAGCAUCAAAAAGUCCAGCCCUGGGUCAACAUAGUACCUGCUUGCAGACCCCGAAUACUCAUGCACCUUGGGACUAAAGGGCUCCUCAAGCAGCAGUCUCCUUGAGAUCAAGGAAUCCGUGAAACACCAUCAUUACCAGCAGCUCUGGUUAGGGUGUGCCCUGGGAGGCCAGAGUGCAUCAACUCUUCUUUUUGAGCCUCCCAGUUGGUGGGGACACAUAUUUCUGGCUCCUCCAUCCUGAACCUUGGCUCCCAUGGCUGCUUUGUGAUGACCUUGACUUUCUGCCUGAACUUGCAUUUGGAUCAUAUUUUGGACCAAUUCCCUGUUUGUAGCCCUCGUUUGUCUUGGUCUGUGCCACUUCAUCACCCCUGCUUUCCUUCUUGAGUUGGAGACUUGUACCAAGUGGUGCCUGGUGCCCAUUAGGAUUAGUAGGGUGGAAGGCUAGGAGGCUACUGGUAGGUAGACUCAAAGUACAUGGCAGGCAGAGCUAAUGACAGGCAGAGUCAACUAAUUCUGGCUUUCUUCUUCUUCUUCUUCUCCUCCUCCUCCUCCUCCCCACUGAGUUCUGCAAGGGUGCAAAACUGGGACUUAGGAGGAAGAAGCAAACAGCAAGAGUUGCUUGUAAGUAAAAAGGCAAACAGGUGGCAUGUUUCUGAGGUCAGAAUUAGGCUGGUGUAGCACUGUCCCAUUUGCCUUCGCUGCUUAUAAAGGUAAAGGGACCCCUGACCAUUAGGUCCAGUCGUGACCCACUCUGGGGUUGCAGCGCUCAUCUCGCUUUCUUGGCCAAGGGAGCCGGUGUACAGCUUCCAGGUCAUGUGGCCAGCAUGACUAAGCCGCUUCUGGCGAACCAGAGCAGCGCACGGAAACGCCGUUUACCUUCCCGCCGGAGCGGUACCUAUUUAUCUACUUGCACUUUGACGUGCUUUCGAACUGCUAGGUUGGCAGGAGCAGGGACCGAGCAACGGGAGCUCACCCCAUCGCGGCGAUUCGAACCGCGACCUUCUGAUCAGCAAGUCCUAGGCUCUGUGGUUUAACUCACAGCGCCACCCGUGUCCCUUCGCUGCUUAUACCUUCCUAGAAUUGGGGCCCAGCCCCCGAGGGCACCCAUGGGAGCAUACCACUUUUUUGCUGCUUAAUAUAACCAAAUUUCUAAGCAGAAACACAUAAUAUCAAAAUUAAAUUCCCAUAAAAAUAUUAGCAAGAGCAGUUAAACAGAAAUACCAAGCAGUGUGAUUUGAAAACUAAGAACCAGGGAAAGCAAAUUGUGACCUUGUGUAUGGGGCAGUGUAUGGGUUGUCUUUGUCUAAGGAGUUUUCUUGGCAGGGAUACUGGAGUGGCUUGCUGGUUCCUGCUCCAGGUGGGUCACUUUUAGUCAAAAUUCUCCACUAUGACCUGUCAGUCUUGGGUAGCCCUGCACAGCAUAGUUCAUAGCUUCUCUGAGUUAUUCAAGCCCCUUCGCCAUGACAGGGCAGUGAUCCAUGAACUUAUAUGCAGAAUUCAUCAUGCGAAAGGCUGGACUGGAGGAAUCCCAAACCAGAAUUAAGAUUGCCGGAAGAAAUAUCAACAACCUCAGAUAUGCAGAUGACACAACGUUGAUGGCAGAAAGUGAGGAGGAAUUAAAGAACCUUUUAAUGAGGGUGAAAGAGGAGAGCGCAAAACAUGGUCUGAAACUCAACAUAAAAAAACUAAGAUCAUGGCCACUGGUCCCAUCACUUCCUAGCAAAUAGAAGGGGAAGAAAUGGAGAUAGUGAGAGAUUUUACUUUCCUGGGUUCCAUGAUCACUGCAGACAGUGACAGCAGUCAUGAAAUUAAAAGACAUCUGCUUCUUGGGAGAAAAGCGAUGACAAACCUAGACAGAAUCUUAAAAAGCAGACAUCACCUUGCUGACAAAGGUCCAUAUAGUUAAAGCUAUGGUUUUCCCAGUAGUGAUGUAUGGGAGUGAGAGCUGAACCAUAAAGAAGGCUGAUCACCGAAGAAUUGAUGCUUUUGAAUUAUGGUGCUGGAGGAGACUCUUGAGAGUCCCAUGGACUGCAAGAAGAUCAAGCCUAUCCAUUCUUAAGGAAAUCAGCCCUGAGUGCUCACUGGAAGGACAGAUCUUUGGCCACCUCAUGAGAAGAGAAGACUCCCUGGAAAAGACCCUGAUGUUGGGAAAGAUUGAGGGCACAAGGAGAAGGGAAUGACAAAGGACGAGAUGGUUGGACACUGAAAUUAGAAACAGAACUGUUAGAACCCAAAACUAAGAUUUUGUCAAAGAUGUAUAACUUGCUGUUGAAAUGGAAUACUCAGGAUGAAACGGUGAAAUCUGCUAUGAUUAAAUGGGCACAAGAUGUUGGACAUAAUAUAAUGAUGGCUGACUGGGAACAGUUAUGGACCACAGGUAUGAAGUUUACGGCAUGUAAUGCCUUAAGAGAGAAUAUUAUGAAAAUGGUAUACAGGUGGUACAUGACUCCAGUCAAGCUUGCAAAAAUCUAUCAUUUGCCCGAUAAUAAAUGUUGGAAAUGUAAAGAAACUGAAGGUACAUUCUUUCACCUUUGGUGGACGUGCCCAAGGAUUAAGGCUUUCUGGGAGAUGAUCUAUAAUGAAUUGAAAAAGUAUUUAAAUAUACCUUCUUGAAGAAACCAGAGGCCUUUCUCCUGGGCAUAGUCGGCCAAUUGGUGCCAAAGAAGGAUAGAACUUUUUUUAUGUAUGCCACAACAGCAGCAAGAAUACUCAUUGCAAAGUAUUGGAAGACACAAGAUCUACCCACUCUGGAAGAAUGGCAGAUGAAGGUGAUUGACUAUAUGGAACUGGCGGAAAUGACUGGCAGAAUCUGGGACCAGGGAGAAGAGUUGGUGGAAGAAGAUCGGAAGAAAUUUAAAGACUAUUUACAGAAAUAUUGUAAAAUUAAUGAAUGUUAGAAUGAUGUUGGAUAGAAAUUAAGUGGUUUUUAGCUGCAAUACUAUAAGGGAAUAUGAAAAAUGGAUUACUAACAGGUAAAAAUUUAAUGUUACAAUAUUUUAAGAUUAAUGAUUAGGAUAGACAAAGAGGGGAAGGAUUUGCUGAACCAACAAACCGAACUGGAACACAAAAAAGGGAGGCGUGAGGAGGUCCGGGAAACAAGCUAAUGAAAAAUAAGUAAUGGAAAGAUUGAGUUGUUUUUAACUAUUUUUAUUUUUUGUGUUUUUCUUUUUUCUAUUUUUCUUUUGUAAUAUUUUGAAAAUCUUAAUAAAUAUCUUAUAAAAAAAAAAAGAGAGAUGGUUGGACACUGUUCUCAAAGCUACAAACAUGAGUUUGACCAAACUGCGGGAGGCAGUGGAAGACAGGAGUGCCUGGCAUGCUCUGGUCCAUGGGGUCAUGAAGAGUCGGACACGACUAAACAACUAAACAACAACAACAUGGAGCAGUCAGGUGAAAAAGAGGGGAGGGUUACUACACCUUUAAUAGUUGCAAGGAAGAGGGAAUGUCCAUUGGUUUAGCUCACAUGGCAAUUAUUCUACACAACUUAUUGAAGGUGCAGGAUCCCCCUUCUCUUUUCCACCUCAUUGCCCUACCUGUGUGGUGUAAGCUCUGGUGAGAUACCUAGAAGCUGAGCUGUGGCCAUGGUUGCUCUUUGAGGAGCAGCUUUUAGGACUGGGGGAUUCUUUGCUGAGGAGAUUUCUGAGACAGUUUAAGCCCCAAAGCUUUUGCAACGUGCUCCACCUCCUCCUCCUCUGACAGUUCCAGAAGUUUUUCAUCAGGUAUCAAGAAAGAGGAACCCCUGCCUUGAAAAUUGUGUGAGGGGGUGGAGAAAUAAGAACUGUUUAAUGUAUUUUUAAUCUCUUGUUGGAAGCCGCCCAGAGUGGCAGGGGGAGCCCAGCCAGAUGGGUGGAGUAUAAGUUAUAAAUUAUUAUUAUUAUUAUUAUUAUUAUUAUUAUUAUUAUUAGUGUUCCAAAUACUCAGUGAAUAAUGAAAUAACAACAGCAUGCACAGAGCUGUCUCACAUAUACAUACACACCUCAUCUUAAAGUGAAUGUGGCUUACAUUUUCCUUUCAGACUGAAGCUGGUUUGAGGAAAACCACAUCAAACUGCAGCGUUUUUCAAGAAACUACAGGCUAGCUCUGCAUCAUGAGCCAGUGUGGUGUAGUGGUUAAGAGCGGUGGACUCGUAAUCUGGUGAACCGGGUUUGCAUCUCCGCUCUUCCACAUGCAGCUGCUGGGUGACCUUGGGCCAGUCACACUUCUCUGAAGUCUCUCAGCCCCACUCACCUCACAGAGUGUUUGUUGUGGGGGAGGAAGGGAAAGGAGAAUGUUAGCCGCUUUGAGGCUCCUUAAAGGGAGUGAUAAAGCGGGAUAUCAAAUCCAAACUCCUCUUCUUCUUCAUGGGUAACAUCUGUAUGUGGAUUCACGUAUAAGCAUUGGGAGUGCACAGAGUAAAUGGUCAUGUGUGUGCAGCCUACAUGCUAAGAGCACAUGCUUUCCAUGCAGAAGACCUCCGUUUCAAUUCUUGGUAUGGUAUCACUGGGUAGACCAUGAGGGGAAAGACCUGCACUGGAACCCCUGGAGAGGUGCUGCCAGUCAGAGAAGACACUACUAGGCUAGGUGAACAAACAUAGUAACUUUGUUUAAGGCAGCUUCCUAUGUCAACCACAUAGGAAAAGAUUAUUAUCUUAAAGGCAGCUGCUUAGCAACUUAGAAUAAUCCAUUUCUUCUGUAAAGGGUUCUGCUUUGCCAUUUGAAAAGAGAUCUUUGACUAGCAGUGACGGUUGACGGUACUUCAAACGUUUUGGUGUUGCUCUUUCAGAUAAGCAUUUAAAAUCUUUUUUACAGGAUCUCCAGACAUCUUUGAUACGGAAUUAAGGCUGGCUAUCUUUUGGAAGAUCUUUUGCUGUUCGGUCUGCUAAUGAAUCAUGAACCAAACUGGCAGACAUCUAGAGCUUCCACUUCUGGUGUGACAUUCAUCAAAGAGUAAUUGGGAACUCAGAGAAGCCGUUAGAUAUUAAGAAACGACCUCAGGGGAAAUGUCAAGGGUGUGCCUAUAUAGGUGUGUAGAUGUUUGCAAUACUUAUAACUUUCUAGUGUUCUAUCAAACCCAAAGCUGCUAAUAUUUGUCAGAAUAUUGUACGUCCCAUUGAGGGAAGUGGGACUUACUACCAAAUAAAUAUUAAAUUUAUUUCCCUUCCUCCGCUAUAUGCACAAAUAAGAUUUUUCAAUGUGGUUCACAUUGGUCUGUUUUCACUUAGACUGGACCAUGAUGAAGAUGAUGACGUCAUGGCCAUGACAGGCGAGGAAUGUCCAGAAUGAGGAAUUAACUCUCUAUUGAUCUCAACUAGGGCCAGGGCCUUUUCAGUACUGGCCCCGACUUGGUGGAACGCUCUGUCACAAGAGACUAGGGCCCUGUGGGACUUGACAUCUUUCCACAGGGCCUGCAAGACAGAGCUGUUCCGUCUGGCCUUUGGUUUGGACUCAGUCUGACCCUUAUGUUUCCUUCCCCUUAUGGUUUUGAUCUAUGGGCUACUUUUAAAAUGAGGCUGCAUUUUAAAUUGCAUUUUAACCUGUAUUUUAAAUUGGGUUUGUUUUUUUCUUCCUCUUUCCCCCC